AUGGCUCGCCGCAUCGCUGCCAAUUCGCUGCUCGACAACCGGAUGGACGACGUCCGAUCGUCUGAGCCAGCAAACGCAACACGGCGUCGCUGGGUCUGGCGAGCUCAAAUCAACCCUGGCCGGCUUCGAGGAAAGGGGGUGCCUUCGCGCGCGCUGUACCAGGAGAACGUGCUGCGUCGCUCACUGCAACAACGCAAUUGCCAAGUUGCAACGCCUAGAAAGGCAUAA